GUGAGUCGUGACCAAGGUUGACUUAGCUGAUUGGGGCUCGAGGUUUGCUAUGCAUUUACUCCAAUCCGACAAAGAAAAGAUCUUCGAUGGGACUCUGAUGUCUUUAUGCUAGGAAUAAAAGAUCGCCAUGGUCUCAUGUUUUUGACUCGGUUUAGUUACCCAUUACAGUGCAAUACAGUAAACCUCGUGUCUACGUCAUGCUGUGACCCUGAUCAAAGUUUAGGAGAUACGUAGAUUGUCGUCUCUGAAAUGGGAAGAAUCUAACUACGAUAAAAGUACCAGGUAGGUAGUAGCUUAACCCCCACAUCCGAAUGUACCAUCAUCACAUUGGUUGGAGUUUUCUAUUGGCACCGUAUGUUCUACAGAGAAGCCCUGAUGUUUAGGAACAGGGAAGCUUUCCUCUCCACGCCUUGAUGAGCUGGUCGGUCAUGCUUUAGCAGGUCCUCGUUUGACAUGGGAUCCCGUCCCUAGGGUAGCUAGGGAGGCGAUAUCAUCUGUUGUUAAAUGGAACGUCUGUCCAUCCCUUUUCUUGAUUGCGAACUUACUUCCCUUUGCCAUCAUUAGCCUCUGGGACUAUCGUGAUCAUUGGAAGUUCGUUAGCUAUUACCGAAAGGAUCAUUGCAAUAACAGACGCAAGUAAGAUGAAGCUGGCUCCGAUAUUGACAGCAGCGGUAACGAUACUCGUUACACAAAUUGAGUACACUAGCGCGAGCUUGAACGCCCGCCAGGUAUCUCUUACGUCGACGGAUACACCAGAACUGACGCCCACCCCGUCCGUAACGUCUACAGACUCUGUAACGUCUACAGAUUCCGUGUCAUCUACGGGAUCGACCUCUUCAGAACCGAAAAUAUCGUCGAGCCCGUUCGCGAGCCUCUCGUCGGUGGGGACGGAGACGCUUACCGGUAUAAGAACUUCGGUGCCUAUCGGCAGCUCUCAGAUCGAGUCUCUGACCACGUCGUCACCGAAUGGAGCCGCUACGCCCGUCAAUUUUGGAGCUGGCGUAUUGGCCGGGUUAAUCGGUGCAGCAGUCGCGCUAUAAGCUACCGCUGAUAGUCAACAGAGUGUGUUUGUCUUGUAUGAUGUACGGUUUACGGUUUACGAUGGGGGAUAGUAAUUUUAGCUAGAAGUCGAACAGGAAUAUUUAUAAAUGUCUAUUUAUGAAUACCUACCUAUUCAUUGGGUAACUAUAGGUAACCAAGGAGUUGGAUGAAUUGUGCUUCUUCAUAAAAGUUAGGUAGAUAAAUGUAUUUCAUAAUGAAUAAUGAAUGCGACAAA